GUCAAGCAUAGGUACUGCGUAUAAAAAGGAACCAUGAGUAACCUGCUGCAUUCAGUUUGUAAUUCAUUUCGGAUUCGUUUCCUAAAUUACGACGACUAAAAUGAAGUUAGCUAUUCUGCUCGUUGUCGGCGUUAUCGCCAGACAGACAUAUGGCGACGAACCUGAAGCUAUCGUGGGUGGUGAUGUAGCCAAGCCCGGUCAGUUUAAACAUCAAGUCUCCCUUCAGGUGUUAGGGAAACAUAUUUGCGGGGGUUCUCUUAUUGACGAGACACAUGUUCUCACCGCUGCCCAUUGCCUUCAGAGUAAAACACAAAAUUUGUUCUUGAAAGUUGUGACUGGAGCCACUAAAACGACAGAGGGAGAAAAACACAAAGUCAAGUGUAUACGCUUGCACCCAGGCUACACUGGUAAGAGAACAGACGGUUGGAAGGAUGAUAUUGCUGUAAUCACGUUGGAGACGCCGGCUAAGGAAACCGAUUUGCAAGGUCCGAUUUCUUUACCGAACAAGGAUUAUGCCACUGGCGAAUAUCGUGGUUUGAUAAGCGGAUGGGGAAUGACUCGCGCCAACUCACGUGUCUCGUCUGUACUUCGAUACGUCGAAGUAAACGUCCAUAGCACGAAGCGCUGUUUAGAAGAUCAUAAGAAAUUGGUACUUAAUCCGUACACCACGGAAAAACAAGUAUGCACUCUGGAAAAGGCUGGACAAGGUGCCUGCCAAGGUGACAGCGGCGGUCCUCUCAUGGUCAAUGACGAACUCUGUGGUGUUGUCUCUUGGGUUUUACCCUGCGCCAGAGGUGUUUCAGAUGUAUUCACUCAUGUCAUUUACUAUCUGGACUUCAUCAAAGAAAGUUUAGAGAUGUGCAUUACGACGACUAAAAUGAAGUUAGCUAUUCUGCUCGUUGUCGGCGUUAUCGCCAGACAGACAUAUGGCAACGAACCUGAAGCUAUCGUAGGUGGUGAUGUAGCCAAGCCCGGUCAGUUUAAAUAUCAAGUCUCUCUUCAGUUGUCAGGGCAACAUUUUUGCGGAGGUUGCCUUAUUGACGAGACACAUGUUCUCACCGCUGCUCAUUGCCUUGCGGGUAAUACAGUAGUAGAAAAUUUGUUCGUGAGAGUUUUGACCGGAGCCACUAACACAGCCACAGGGGGAGAAAAACACAAAGUCAAGCGUAUACGCUUGCACCCAGAAUAUAUUGGUAAGAGUGAAUACGGUUGGGUGAACGACAUUGCUGUAAUCACGUUGAGGACGCCAGCUAAGGCAAACGCUUUCCAAGCUCCAAUUCCUCUACCGAGUAAAGAUUACGCAACUGGCGAAUAUCGUGGUUUGAUAAGCGGAUGGGGCAUGACUCGCGCCAACUCAGAAGUCUCGCCUGUACUUCGAUACGUCGAAGUAAACGUUCAUAGCACGAAGCGCUGUUUAGAAGAUCAUAAGAAAUUGGACGGACUUAAUAAUCCAUACACCACGGAAAAACAAGUAUGCACUCUGGAAAGGCAUGGACAAGGUGCCUGCCAAGGUGACAGCGGCGGUCCUCUCAUGGUCAAUGGCGAACUCUGUGGUAUUGUCUCUUGGGUUUUACCCUGCGCCAGAGGUGUUUCUGAUGUAUUCACUCAUGUCUAUCGCUAUCUGGACUUCAUCAAAGAAAGUAUAGAGAUAGACUGAUAAU